AUGGGUACAGGAGCAAGCAAAAAAAAUGCGAGGGCAACAGUAAAUGCAGGGAUUGUAGCAUCCAAAUGGAUGACCAAUACUCGCUCAUCUACGCGAGAAUCGAUCGCAGUAAACAUCGGAGUAGGUGACGAAGCGGAAGAUCCAGGAAAAAAUGUGAAAGACAUCAAGGCCAAGUCUGUUGGAAGGUAGCUGAUUUCUGGCGUAUUUUUAACUCUUGAAAAGCUUCGAGUACCUUGAAGUAUAUCUUUUUUUAAAUUACAAAUUAGUUAUGUAGGAUAUAGGUUAUUUGAUUGAGCAUGAUUUUUCAUCGUGUCGAUCGAUAGAAGUUAUGUAACGGGCAAUAUCAGCUUAAGUCAUUUGCUUUAAAUAACACUGAAUUUAACGGAACUGAACAGCCAUUCACAUAUGGCCGUCUUACCAGUGCCAAUGUAACUUGUCUAUGGUCUGUCCAAAAAAAGUGUAGGAUCCAGGACUUGAGCUGAGGGGACCCCACUCUGCAGAAAACAUCCUCUAAAAAUAAGGGGGAGGUGAGGGGGGGGGGGGGGCCGCCCCGGGCCCAAAGAAGGCACGAGGGCGGGGAGCAGGGAGGGAAAACGCAGGCGGGGGAGGGGGGGGGGGGGGGGGGGGGGGGGGGGGGGGGGGGCUGCCCCGGUCCUAAAGAGUGCACGAGGUCAGGUGAUAGGGUAGAGAAGGAAAUAUUGGGAUCAAAUAGAAAGUUAUCUUUCUUUCAAGCAAAAGUAUUGCUGGUCCUGAAUCUACCCUAUCCCGUGAAAAGUUCCAGUUUAGUUUCACACUUUCUUGAACACCCAAUGCAAAGUCUUUCAACUUAAUCCUGUCUGACUCCAGUACUGGCUGUUAAUCUCAGGGAGCUUACAACUAACAAGACCAAAGCCACCGCAAGUCCUGUUGCUUCCAAAAAAGUCAAGGCCAAAGACAAACCAUCUGAAGUUAAAAAUGAUUCCACAACUAAUGUGAAACCAAGUAAAUCUGGUGAUAAAGGCAAAACAGCUGCAAAGAAAGCUGAAAAGACUACAGAAAAAAAGAACCUCACAACAAAUUCUCCUUCAAAAGAAAAGAGCAAAGAUCAAGGAAGGAAAGGUCGAGCAGGCAGUCAACUAGUGUCACCAACGUGAGCAUUGUUAUUAUUCUUUUAGACCAUAAAUAGUCGUCCAUUGACAUUCUCAUGCCGCUGUAAGGUCAGUUUUAUUGUGGGUACUUAAUCUACUCAUGUGUUCGUUUCAUUGUUUGUGAUUUGUUUUAUUCAUUUUUACAAUGAUUUACUUUAAUUUGUAUUCUUUUUAAAAAGUUUAUCCGAAGUGUUGCACAGUAACACAAGGGUAGAUAGCCUGUGGCACAGACAAAACUAAACUCUGGUAAGUUUGUCUGCAAAACAGCACCAAGAUUCUGCAUGGUUCUGGGCCCCCAGUUGUGUACCAGGAUUUGAGUAUGUGACAUGAUUGGCCUGUCAAAAAAGCCAUUGUCAAAUUCUUUAUCAGGAGGAAAGGAAAUUCACUGAAACAUACUUCCAGUUAUGAUUAUUUAUUUCAUGCAUUGGGGGAGCAGAGCAAAGAUAUCAGUGCUGCUUUACAAGGUUAAAUUAAAUCUGCAAUGCCAACGCAGGCUAAAGGGUGGAGAGCUUGGUUAAUGGUAAAAUGGUAUAAAUUGACAUAUACAUUUUAUUGUUUUAUAGAUCAGAUCUAUCCCAGAAGGUGGAGAGGGUUUUACAGGGCAUAAUAGACGAAAAUUGCCCUGUCAACUCAAGGGUCAUUCGCAUCUUUCUUAGUUCUACUUUUACUGGUAAUGCCACGUUCACAUUAACAAAGCCUUUUUUAACCUACUUUAAGGCAGGGAGUUCUACACAGCUAGAACUAAAUUUGAUUUUGUAGCUUGAAGCACCCACAUCAGUGUAGGAGUUUGGUACCCCUCCCCUGAAUAGAAAGUUAAUCCAUUGUCGGGGUAACCCCUCCCCCCCCCCCAACAAAAAAAAAUGAAAUGCAUCUGUUAAUCCUAGGGCCUUUUUACAAACCAAAAUGACAGAUUUCCCUACCCUUCCAUAUACUUCAAUGAGUGAAAUCCCUACCCUUUCAUACACCUGAGGCCUGAAAAAGGUACCCCUUUCGGGCGGAGCCUCCCCAUAUAGGCCAUUAUAGGGAGUACCCUUAGGCUUUUGAUUGAACCUUGACCUACAGAUUUGAAGUUCAAGAUGUUAACUGCUUGGCUGCCACACCUGCAGAAUUAAAGUACUAACUGGUUUAUAACAAUCCAAUUCAACGACCUGCUCCCAGUUGGCUUGUUAGCUCAAUUGGUAGAGCGCUGCACCAGUAUCAUAGAGGUCAACGUUUCGAAUCUCGUACAAGGCUAAAUUUUUUUCAGGCUUUCUUUUUGCAACUGCAAAAGUUGUGUCUAUGAUUGUGAUGAUCUUUCGUAUAAUUACAGUACUAGUAAUACAAUAUUGCACCCAGGCCUGACAAAAGGGGAAGAAAAAGAAAAUUAUUCAACCUCCUGAACAAUGAAAUAUUUUGACUAUGUGUGGCAGUAAAUAAAAUUUGGAUUAGGCAGGUUGUUUGAGUAUAGUAACCGACUUUCUCAAUUAGAAGAGUUUUGAAAGAGACUUUUUAAAAUUAUUUCAGUUUAGCCUGGAAAAAAGUGGUAACCCAAUUUUUCUUAGUGAAUAAGGUAACCAGCAUUUUUCAUCAGCUCACGCUAUUAUAUUGAAACACUGUAAAUAAAUGAGCAUUUUUUUCUUGCGUUUUUAGACACUGAACAUGAACGUAACGCUCUCAUGGAACAUGUUUAUCCAAAGCUAAGGGACUUUUGCGAGAAGAGAGGCUAUGAGUUUCAGGUAAACAGUAUGUCACGCAUGUGUCUUUAAUUGUGCGUUUGCUGAAGUGCCAUGCUUGAUAGAUAAAGUGUGACUGUCUCUGUCAAAUCCAUGGAAUGGAAUGUGACAUUUUUUAGAGGAAGUUAAUAGAGAGUUCAGGAUUUAGUGGGUGUCCAGUUCAGCAUAUCUUCGAGUUUCUUGGAUUAGGCCGAAAGAGUAUAAUCUGAGGGUAGUAUCAUUUUCGAAUGACUAACAUAAAAUCAUUUGUCAGUUUAAACAGACCGAGGGCAUACAUUUUCUCGUCUGAUCAUAAGUUAGUCAUAGCUUUGAAUUUCCAUGUACCUUAUUGGUGAUGCCUCCAUUGUACCAUUCUGACCAUUGCUGCAUUUCUUUUGAUCUUAACAUUACUGAAUUUGAUUCGUUUGAUCGUUCGAUCGAUCGAUCGAUCGUUCAUUCAUUCAUUCAUUCAUUCAUUCAUUCAAACGUUUGUUCGUUUGUUCUUUCGUACGUUUGUUCGUUCGUUUCCUUUCGUUUCGUUUUGUCCAAGCCAAAUGUUUCUAAAGGUCUCUUGUUUAGCUGUAAGUACAUAAUUAUUUUAAGCAAUUUAAAGAAGAUCCAAAGACGUAAUUUCUAGGUUAACUUUAAUUUUAAUGGAUAUUUCAUUUUGUGUUAAAAGGAUGUAAAUUCAAUCUUUAGCAAGGCUUUCUGGUCUUGUCUCUACAUUAUUUUGUAAGAGAAGCAGAAAAAUUGAUGAAAAAUUUAGUUGACAAUUUAAAUUUCUUGGUAGGUUGUAGACAUGAGAUGGGGUGUUCGUGAUGACGCUACAGAUGCACACAUGACAACUGAACUUUGCUUACGGGAAAUAAAAGCAUGUCAAGAGAUUUCUGUUGGACCAAACUUUGUAGUAAGUUAUUCACGUUCAAUGUUACGCCUUUAUGGUAAUUAUUACAUGAGUGAUAUUGUAGUAUUCCAGUUGACUAGAGGCGACUAAAUCUUGUGCAAACUAGAAUCAAAAACAGGACUCGUACAACAACAACAGCCACGGCGACGGCCGCAGUAACGUCAAAAAAGCAAGAGGUUUAAUAAGCAUCACAACAACUCUACCAUCCCGCUUUUUGGUAGGACAUUUCUUUGCCGUCACUGCAAGACAUGAAACUUUCUACUGCGACAUUUUAUAGACGUCAGGACGAGCUUUUCCUUCUCUUUGUGAACAUGGAUGUGCUCAGCCUUGAAAAUUCAUCUCCAGCAAAUUGAUCUUACUUGAGCGUGCUGGAAUAAUCGCGGUGAAGGGUAAUGCACUCUGCGUUAGGUGACGUUUGCGCUUCUGUUCUUCUUCUUGUUACUUUAACUCUCAUUUUUCGGUUGAUGUGCAGAUUUCCCGCAACCGUAACUCACCAGCCCCCCCCCUCCCCCCCCAAAAUAACUAAGCCAAACCUCCAGCGUACUCGAGGUUCGCGCCCCUUUUUUAUUGUGUUCCUCCCUUUAGCCCUUUUCCCCCUAUUUCUCCUACUUCCCACCCUUUUGAAAACUGCCGACGCCCUUCCCUCUCCCGCCCCUUAUUCUCCCGGUUCCCACCCUAAUGUUUUUUCCACUACAUUGUAAAUUACGUCUUUGUCAAUGUGAUCAUCUUUUCUUCGUUCUUUCUUAACAGACGUUGCUCUCUGAAAAGUAUGGUUAUCGUCCACUUUUACCCUCGAUAGAUGCUCAGGAGUUUGAGAAGCUUCUUAGUACAGCUACUGAUGACCAAACUAGGGAACUAUUUGAUAAGUAAGAGAAAAAGCUCUGUCUUUAUUCUAAUUUGUUGUUCAGUAAGGCCUAACCUGAAUGCCAGAGAGUUUUCAUGCGCGGCAUCCUGUUUCGUUAAAGUAACCCAUCCUGAAAGCUUUUAAAUUGCAGCCUUGCUGCUCGAGGCUUCGGUGUGUGAUCAACCCCGGGGUAUCCCUUCCUGUGGGGAAAAAAACACUCUGGUACCCAGCGUGAUUAGGGAUUGGGUUCUAUAAACUAGAUCGUUGGGAACAUCCUCUUUUUGGCUCCUUUGACUGCAUACGUCAGCAAGAUCCACGUGACCUCAUCGGGGUGAUCCAUAAGGGGCCUUUAUCCACUAGGUCCACACAGGGGUCAACUGGAAGCUCUCAGAGCAGGGACCCGUUUCUCAAAAAACCCCCAUAGUUAAUGUGCUGGCUAAGUCGCCAUUUUUGGUGAUGUGGUCGGUCUCAAUCACGGACUCAUCUUUGACGAAAGUUGGUUUCGUUCAAAUCCGGGUACAACAAUUCACAGACGUUCAACUGAGAUCAUCAUAUACGACCUCAGACGUGGUCAGUCGGACCUAAGGGAGCUUAAGCAACGACGACGACGACUGCAGCGAGAAUGGCAAAAUCGAAAUAAGUUUAUAUUAGCAAAACAACAACUUUGCACGUGCAUCACGCUUUUUUAACAUUUCUUAGCCGUUGUUGCAUGACUUCAUAGUAAAAGUACCUAAUUUCACGUUUUGUCGAGGAAGAUACAAAAGACAACAACUUUCCUUUUUCCUUUUCCUGAACUUUGAUACAGUCCUUUAGAAUUCAAAUCCAAAAGCAUUUUCCAACAUUUGUCGAAUCAAACGAGAUGGAAUAAGCGCGAUUGAGUUUGAAGCUGCCGUUUGCAGCGUGAAUUCACUUUUGAAGUAACGUUUUCGUAGCCGUCACCUUUGUUUUUUUGCUUAAGCUUCCUGUAGUCCUAUAACCAAAUGUUAUUUGCCGCUCUGCUUUUAACUCAUCAUUCAGUGCCGUAGCCAGACCAAACGGCCAACCGAGGCAGGCGGGAGUUGCUAGGGGGUUUCUGGGGCAUGCCCCCCCCCCCCCCCCCCCAACUUUGACCUUGUUUUUUCGCGCGCACCGGUUGUCGGGGGUUUUGUGGGCUUUUGGUGCUUUUUUUUUUUUUUUUUUUUUUUGGUAUUUUAAAAAAAAAAAUAAAAAAAAAAAAACAUAAAACAAGGUGGGGUCAUUCCACCCAACGUCAUUUUUUAAAUUUUUUUUUGUAUUAACUUUUUUUCGAGUUAAUUUAAGUGGAAUUUAAAAAGCAAUAAUCAGAAACAAGCUACAUAAUCUGGGUGACCGUUAACCUCGCCAAUGGUUUUGAUCAGUAUUUGUUCAAAAAAAAUUUGAGUUAACAUACGUAGCCCCUUGAGAUCGAUGAUAUGGUAAUUUUUUCAUAGUAUAUUGACUGAAUUGCUGAAUUCUUUGUAAAAUCAUGAUGCGUUAAAAAUAUCCGAUGAUCGCUUAUGUAAAAUAAAAAUGAUCGGCGAAAUUCGUCAAAAUUUUACCGAGGCGAGUGCCUCGGUUGGCCUCAUACUAGCUACGGCGCUGUCAUUAAUGCGAGGAACACAUUUCUUUUAUCAUAAAGGUGGUACAAGAAAGACGAGAACUGCUUCCCCAUUUCUUACAUUCUUCAACCCGUAACAACGUGGAUACCAAACUUCUUUAAUGAUGGUGACCAGUCACUGAAGCAAGAAGCACAAAGACAAUGGCAAAAUGACUAUAAUACAAUGAGACAAUUUCUACAGAGAGCUGCAAAGGAGGCAUUUAAAGACCAGAGGGAUGUUUGGCGCAAAUAUGUUAGAUCAGGUAGAGGUGCAUAGUCCGACAUGCGAAACGAGAAAGUCGCUUUACUGAUCGUUCGCAUGUUCGCUUGCGACCGCUUUGCUCGUCAUUCGAAAUGGAGGGAUUGCUGGCCGGUUGCCUAGUCUCUAGGCGUCGUUAUUCCGUGCGGCCAAUUCGUUUUGGGUCACGUGGUCCAAGCGAAGAAGCGAGUUCGUCUCCCCAGGGUGUCGCUACCCAUACGUCACCGAAGUGAAUUGACCGAGAACGCCUAGAAAAAGGGCUAGUCAUCGUACAUAAGACUCUUCAGUGCUGGUAGAACUCGAAUGGCCCUUAUCACUAGUGUUUAUGUAAUUAAAUUAGUAAUGAAAACACUUUCCCAACAUCAUCUCCAGGCUCUUUUUUUGGAAAGUCAGAGGAGCAGCGGGCGGGAAAAGGUCCAGGCAUCGGCUGGUCACAUGUCUAGUUUGCCCCUCCCAUAGUCCCGGGUACGAGGUUGAAUUUACUGUUGAACAAUUUGUUCAUUUUGUUUUAUUCUAGUUUGCGAAGUAGAAAUUGAGCAUGGCCUCUUGAAAGCUGACAACCCAAAACGAUCGUGCGUGUGGUUUCACAGAGUAGUUAGUGGGCUUGAUCCCGAUGAACAUAGCAAAAAUCCUGUUGCUGCAAAUUAUCUUGACUAUUGCCUUGAGGGAAAGGACCACUGUGGUAAAGAUCAUCCUCAGUCUCUGUUACACAACUUGAAGAACAAGAAAAUGAAGGAAAUUUUACACCUUGACAACAUCUUUACCUAUGACGCCACUUGGACCCCCAGAGGUACUUCUUGAUCGUAGCUUUGUCGUGAUCUUUACUUUAGAAUACUGCGUUUUUGUCUUUUACAUGUUAUACGUUAGAAGGAAGGUGAAGUUUGGCGGAAGUGUUUUUCACACAUAGUUAUUGUCACGCUAGUCACACAAGGUUUUUCCGUCUCCUUUCCUCUCCCGUCCUGUUGCGUAAGUUUACUAGAGUAGCCUUUUACGCAGCUGUCACGUAACGCUUCUUUCUUUGUGGGGAAGAGCGUUGCGUGACGAAGCAAAGAACAGCUACAUAACUAGAGAGACUAUAGAGACUAACUAAACUGGCAGAUAAGAGGAGAUUAUGUCACUUACAUCUGAAUGGGGGAUACCGUAAAACUCCGAAAAUAAGCCCCUCCAAAUAUAAGCCCCCCAAAAUCGUGAGGCAAAAAACCCUCCGUUAAAUCUCCCCUCCGAAUAUAAGUCCCCCUCUCUCAGUCAACUUUGCUAAUACAAAGAAAUACCUUAUAAAUUAGAGUGCAUAUUGCCAAAGAAGUAGUGCCUCCCGUAUUUAACUGUACAGACUCAACAAAAUGCAACCUCUUUUAUUUAUUCAAGGACAGCGAGAAAGGAAGCGCCCUACUUAUCUAGAGUUUUUGUGGCAUUUUCCGCGUCAGCAAAUUACUUUCCGUGGCGGUUUCUUCUCUCUUACUUCACUUACUUGUCAACAGUUUCCGCCAAACUUGAAGAUCUUCACUUGUUCAAUCCGGAUAGAUAUACUAUAUCCAAAUAAAAACAGAGGAAAUAAUUUUUAAUGACGUAAUCUGUGCGCCUAUGCUCUUAUAGAUCAUAGAUAGUGGCCAUAUAAAGUACGCGUAGAAUUCGUACACUGUGAAACGUAAGAAGGUCAAGUGACAAAAACUGGUGUCUACUGUGAUUGUUUCAGGUUUCUAGGGACCACGCCCAAAAGUUCCUCAAUUCGGCGUAUGCUGAAAACGGUCAUGUGGCAGAUCAAGUAUGUUUAUAAAUUGACAUCCAAAGUUCCUCGCGUGAGUAAUUUUUUUUUUUUGAAAUAGUAAAUAGUUUAUGAAGUUAUGUACUGUAAGUGACGUAAUAAACAACCAGGGCGUCUAUUAAAAUUCUAGGGUUCCAUGAGGGAGCCUUUAAUAGUUAUGACGCGUUUAACCCUUUACAACCUAAGAUCAAAAUUUGAAUUCUCAUUUGUUGCCCCUAUUUAUUUCCUACAGACGUAGUGGGGAGAAGUUGACAAAAUAUCAAGCAAAUUUGUCUUGUGUGAUCAUGUCCGUGAUUCUCAUGACCACUCUGUUUUACAAAGGAUUGAUAUUACAAGGAGAAAUUUGAUGCUGAUCACUUUUAGGGCUUAAAGGGUUAAAAGAGAGAGGCGUUUAUUCUCAUAACUGUAACGAGCUCAACAAAACUAAUAUGCUUUCGGCGGAAAUAUCAAAAGAGUUUAAAAAUAGGGGAAUACCCACUCCAUCGAUAAUCGAUAAUCCUCUCGUAGGGUUAUUGUGUUGCCAUCGUUAGUCUAUUUUUAGUUUAAACUUGACAUUAAACAAGAGGAAAUACGCAAAGCCUUGUUGAUCAAGCAAGAAACUGAAUGAAGUGAAUGAUUUUGCUCGUUUUUGCUAAUUCCUAGUAGUUUGGAGUAAUUCUCACCGGGGGUGUCUAUUAGACAGGGGGCGUUUAUUAGCGAAAUUUUAACAGCGUAGAGGGGGCGUUUAUUAGAUAAGGGGCGUUUAAUUGGAAGUGGGCGCUUAUUAGGUCAUUUAUGGUAUCUAGUGGAAAGUGUUAACUGUAGUUAUCUGCCUUUUUAGAGUACUAAAGGAGUCUUUGAGCAGUUCCCUGUGUUUCUAUCGAGCGCCACCAAGGAGCAACCGUUGGUCAUUAUCUUUGAUUCACUGGAUCAGCUUUCUCCCCUGCAUGGUGCUCGGAAGUUGACUUGGUUUCCAAGGCAACUACCGCCUCAUGUGAAGUUCAUUGUAUCCACACUGCCAGAUCAAGAAUACAAGUGUUUUCCAGCACUCAAGGUAUCUUGCAUUGAAAUAUUAGGUAAAUUAAGAGAGUACUAAGAGAAGAAGCACUAUUAUGCCCGCGAACUCGGAUUAUAUGUCUCAGAAGCCUAUCCUGACCUCUCUAUGUGGCCAAUGGAUGAAGUAAAUCAUCUAUGUAAACUGCAGAUGAAAUGAAGUUAUCUGCAAAUUGCCAGUUUUUAAUGUAUCGUUGUUCAAUCCUGUUGCAGGCACUUUUUAAGAACCCGAAAUGUUUUGUAUCGAUUCCCGAGCUUUCCUCUGAAGAUGUGACCGCUAUAUUGACCAGAUGGCUUCAACAAGAAAAUAGGGCUCUUCAGGAGCAUCAGCUGCAGGUGCUCAACGAUGCUUUCAAACAAUGUCCCCUUCCCUUGUUCCUGAAGAUAUCUUACGAUGAAGCAUGUCUAUGGCGAUCUUAUUCUUCACUUAGUGAGACGUGUUUAGAGACAACCAUACGGAAAGCCGUUGAUAAACUCUUCGAGAGAAUUGAAGUGAAUCAUGGUCAGGUGCUUGUUCGACACGCGCUCGGUUACUUAACUGCAGGUAAUUAACAGAACGUUGCUGUCCGAUUGGUUCUCUGUGAUGCUCUGAGAUGAAAGUAAGUCGGGAUAGAAACUACACAGAAGCAUGCGAUAAGUGCUGAAUCGGAGAAUACCGUAAAAUUCCGAAAAUAAGCCCCUCCAUGUAUAAACCCCUCCAAAUAUACGCCCCCUAAUCCGGUCACGCAGUAAUGUUUAAUAAGUAGCUCGCCGAAGUUAGCGUCAAUUUUUGGUCGUCCUAUUCCAUACGGCUUUCUAUGAUAGCGAUGUUAAAUUUUUCACUUCUGUUUCCAGCUUUUGCACUGACUCUUUCCUCAGCUUUUAGUCUAACAUGGAGAUCUUGCACGUUGUGUUCAGUUGUUCCCUCUGUCAGUUAUUUGGGCCUGAAAACUUGUUUGUUCAUUUGAAGCGUUAACAAUUCGGAGGUCUUAAUAAAAUCUGCCUCAUCUCUCUUCUGUUACAUUAUUCCUGUGGUCAAUUUUUCUCACGCCCUGCUCCCCUAAGUUGGCACUUAUUACACUACGGUGGCUUUCGAGGAUUUUAAUUUCGCUGUCGAUGAUCUGGCUGCGCAUCGGUAAUCGCAACCUUUGAUUUAAUGCCAGGUUCAUUAGCCAGUGACAAUCUGAGAUAGAUGUGUUUAUGGAAUACAGCAGCAGUUUAACAACAUUCAAAUUAUUGUCUUUACAGCAUCACAAGGUUUAACGACAAGCGAACUUGAGGACAUCUUAUCCUGUGAUGAAGAGGUCCUUCAUGAUGUGUUCCAGUACUGGACCCCACCGAUAAGGAGACUUCCCCCCCUGCUCUGGGUCAGAAUAAGGGCGGAUCUUGCCUCUUACCUGGUUGACCGGGGGGCGGAUGGCACCCAAUUGAUCUGCUGGUAUCAUAGGCAGUUCGUUGAGGCGGCUGUGGACCGAUAUCUAUCAGAUCCGAUUGAGAAGAAGAGUCGUCAUAGUGCAAUUGCUGACUACUUUCUGGGAAGAAACUUUGUUGGUGAGCGAAAACUCCGAUACUUGUUACUAAUCUCGUACCCAGAUCUCUUGUCUACGAAGCCGAGGGCGAGAUCUGGUCAAGUAAGGAAAAUCAAUUUUUCUGAUUAGCUAGAUUGUGAGGGAGUGACCUGCGCGCCCUGUGGCUUGUGCAAUUCUUCAUUAUUUCAGACGGUUUUGUUAAAAGCUGUAUAUUUUUUCGCUGAAUAUGUAGUUUUUCGUCUCAAUAUAGCUAAAUAUAACUUUCUCUUAGUAUUAAGAUAGAGAAUUUGAAAAUGAUACGGUAAAAACAUUUGUCGCGUAGAACUUGAUGGGUACUGCUUGAGCGUUUGCUAUGAAAUUAUGUUUAAACUAACUGCCCCGUUGAAUUUCAUGUUACCAAAAAAAUUGGUUCUUACUUAAGCUGUGUGUAUAAGCACACUUUGUUAGAGAAAACUUCACGGCUCUAUCAAAUUUGUUGUUUAAUACGGCCACCAUUUUUAGAAUUUAUUUCAAGCAAGUGCACUUUCAUCGCCUGUCACAAUCCUGUCAGGCGAUCAUGUGUACAAAUCGGAUUUGGCCAGAUUUCGGCUUCGGCGACAAGAGAUCUGGGUAAAAGAUUAACUUUUUACUUUAUACUCUCUAUUGGGUGCAACAUUGACGAUCAUCGGGCAGCAAAGUCAUACUAAAGAACAACACAGUCACUGUCUUAAUUAUUUAGCUGAUUCAAUAAAGGUUACUUUAGGCAUUGGGAAUUGGCAAUUGCGCAUUGGGCAUUUGCGCAUUCUGAACUCACUGCAAUGAUUUUCUUGAGUGACCCCUAAACAAUAGCUACCCAGAGCGCAAUUUCCAAGCUCAAAGUAACCUUUAUUGGAUCAGCUAUAUACAACAUUGUCACAUGACGCAACCACACUAUCGUAUUUACAACAUAAUUACUUUUCUUUCGUGUACCGGCAACAGACUCGUAGUUUGGCCGGAGCCACUCUAGUAGCUUUCAUUUGAAUAGUCUUACUAGAAGACUUCAUCCAGCCCUUGAACAUUUAAUUUUCCUACGUUUUGAGACAUAAAAGCUAAAAAAAGGCCUUUGCUUCAUUUCAAGUCCUUAGAAGCGUUGAAUAGUAUUAUUCGGGCAAUGAGUUAAGGGUGUGUUCUUUUAAAGAAAGUGAUAAGAUGAAAAAGGCAGUAAAAAGUAAUAAUUUGGGUGAAAAGUGAAAAUUGGUACGAAUUCAUGGGCAGGAUCUUGCAUUUUGUACAACGCAUGCGCAGUAAUUAUUUCUCAUUUAAAAGCCUUUCUCGCUCUUAAGUAACGUUGUUAGACGAAAAUCUCUUAAAUGUAAUCAUUUGCCACUGAGUGGAUACAACAGACUUUAUUUUUAUCAAUAAAUACUUUCUUUGUACUCCCACAUGGCUAAGAAACACGGUAAAGAGCGAAAUAUAAGAAUCUCGUUCACAAGACUAUUACCGGAAGCGUAGGGUGCUAUUACGAAUACCUCCAUCGCAUCGCUUUCGUAGCUGAUCUGGUGAUAUUCGUAACAGCUUUGGUUCGGUACCCUUCUAGGACACCAACGCCAACCCAAAGUUUCUAAAUCAAGCCGCUCCCGACGUCUCGCGCUCGGUCGAGUGACGCUUUCAUAAACCUCCGUUGGAGUGUUUCGGUUUAAACGUAUCCUCGUUUCACUUACCUAAAUCUGUAGGAUACUGACUUAGUCAGUUAACUCGCUUCCAGUGGCACUGCGAGCAGCAGUGUGCCAUUGUUUUGAAUAAUUUUAUUUUUCAGCUUAAAAGUGGCUAAAAGGUAUUGAUAACUCUUUUGAGUUCUUAGUGGGGCCAUGUCACGAGGAUAUGUGCUGCAUUCUGUGCUGAAGUCAUUACUUAUUAUCUUAGAUCUGAUUCGAGCCAAAGGCAAAAGCCUAUAUUUAAGCCACAGACAGUAGAAGCACCUUCUGAAAUGUUGUUUCUAUUUCUUUUCAGAGGAGGGAAGUAAAGAAACAACUCUUAUGAAUGGCAAACAGGUUCGCUUAGCCAGCAUCUCAGGACAGCCUUUGUUGCUAUCUAAAGGCAGAUACAAUUUGAGAAAACUUCACGAACUUCCUGUUCAGCUUAUUCGAAGUCAGCGAUGGGACGAGUUGAAAAACGAAGUGCUCUGCAACUUCUAUUGGCUCAAGACAAAGAUAGAGGUGCGGUCGCUAAGGUGAGGCAACUUCUUCUGAUUGGCCUUGAAUGAAAGUGAGGCUGGAGUUGAACUUUGUUUUGUUAGAAACAUACAUAAACAUACAUCUUUUUCUUAUGCAUAUGAAUUGCACAGAGGUUUCUACCAAGAGGAAGUCGACGCCAACCUCGCUUCCACUCGAAGGCUAGAUUGCUUAGCAUACAACUGUAAAUUAGCCUAUUGCCUAUGGAAAUGUUUAGCGGAUUUUGACCAAGUUCCCGCUCAACUUGAGCAAUGCGUUUACCGCUGUUUUGUAGUGGUUUUCUGAUUGCCUGAUAAAGCUUGCCCCAUACUGCAACAACGUCAAUCAUAACUUGAUUGCGUUCAUUUUCCCCCUUAAUAUCCGUUAUCGGAUACGUGUUCAAGUUCUGAUGGUCCUUCAGAGCCACUCUUUUGUUAAGGUUUUUAUGAAAGUGAAGGUGCCGGUAUAUAAAGCGGACAUAAUCUCCAUCGCACAGAUUACACUACAGAAACAGUUUGACCCAAUCGCGUUAAAGGGUUUUUGUCGAGUUAUUUGCUUAAAAUCUUAAACAAUUGUCUUAUCAAUUGAGUCCCAAAAAUAAUGGCCCAGUUUUGUUAUUAAAAAAUUUUUCAGGCGUUGAAGCUCUUUUCCGACGUCUGUUGCAACGGAUGGAAAGGAUGGACAUGGAUUGAAACAAAAAAGCUGGGCCAAUUUUUCUAGUUUAAUGCUAUGCCUCCAAAAAUCACCAAAAAAAUUAUUAUGCUUAGUGCUCCCUGCACCGUAAUUUCUAGGGAGUUGUUAUAGCUCCAAAAAUGGAGUAAAAAUUUUAGGUACAGAAUAACCCCUUUUUGGGGGUUACUUUAACUCCUAAUUUAACUCCGAAUUUGGGGUCAUUUUUACUCCUGAAAAAGAGUUCUUUUUACUCCCAGUCUGGAGGUAAAAUAACUCCGAAAUGGGAUUAUUUUCACUCCUUACAUUGGUUGUUUUUACUCUUUUUGGAGUUAAUUUAACUCUGAAAGUGGAGUAAAACUUCUAGGUACAGGAUAACUCCUUUUUGGGGGUUAUUUUAACUCCUCAAUAUCUGGGGUCACUUUUACUCCUGAAGAAGAGUUGUUUAAACUCCUUUUUGGAGUUAAAAUAACUCCCCAAGAAAUAACCCUGGAUAGCCUAAAAAGUGUUUUCAAUGCAUUUGGGAGGAAACCGUUGCUGGGUGCCCCUGAUUGCGUAAUGGUAAAGGCUCUUAGUAAUGACUUCAGCACAGAAUUGACCUCAAACAGCGAUUUCCUCGUGACAUACCGUAUCCCCUUUUAAGUUACUUGUAUACCGCAGAGUAUUUUAAUUUUGAGAUUUUUUGUAUUCGUUCAUUACAGAUCUGUGUUGGAUAACUUCUGCAUGGCCAUGGACGUUGUGAAUGAUCCUGACAUCGCUGCAGUGGCAGAAACUCUUAAACUUGCUCAAGAUGCUAUAUUAAGUGAUCCCAAGCAGCUAGCUUCACAGUUGGUGGCGAGACUCUACGAGGUUUACUGAAAGCAAUCUUUAGUUCCGCUGAGGCCUAUUUUCCUUUCGUAAACAGUCGUUGCCAUUUUUAACGGUCGAUGCCACCAUUGGUAACCAAGCCCUUAGUCAUAAUAGAUGUAAUAUAUUGCCUGGAUCAAGUCACAAUAAGGCAAAUAAUACGUUUUUGAGGAGUCUUAGAUUGUUUGAUUGAUUGAUUGUUUUUGUUUUUUUGUUUGUGAAGUCUAAGUUGCAUUUACGUUUAAAGUCAUGGAAACGGAUAGGGUCACCUGUUAUUGAUGUAUCAAUUAUGAAAGACAGUCUGUUAGUUUAUGUACUCAAAUUUUUCGGAAUUUUGGCGGGUCGUUGUGGUAGUGUAGUGGUAAGGGAUAGAGAUUAGGGUACGAAAGGUCCAGGUUCGAGGUCUGGUUUGACCCUGGGUUGCGAUUUCUUUCUUUUUAAUAGGAACACUCUUCAUAACAAAUCAAAAUUUUUGGAAGUGUCUCAAACAUGGCAACGACCGUUUACAAAAGGGACAGCUGCUCCGCCGAGCCUUACGACCUUUGAUGCGGCUAGAUAAUAGAGUGCUUAAGGUUUGAGGACGAGGACGAGUACUGGAUUUAACUUUAAGUUUUUUCACGUAUUCUCGAAAAAUAUUAAACUCGGAAAGCUUCAUUGUACUAUUUUUCACCUGAAAAAUUCGUGAGGUUAUCUUUUUUGGAGAAGGUUUAGCCCUUUCCCGAUCAAACUUCCAAAACUUCAUAACUUUGUCCCGCCAAUACAACGUUCUCGCUAAAACUCGUAGUAGAAUGACGACGGCUAUCAAAUUUUCCCGCCAAAUGACGCUGGUUCUCGGGCGAAGUACUUAGCAUUGGGAAAAUCUCGUACUCGUAGUCGUCUUCAUCUUAGAAUCUAAAGCUCUCUAUUGCUGUCACUUUUUCCAUGUUAUACGAAAUGAAAUUUGACUGCGGGUAGUCCCUUAUUUUCGGCAUGGACAGUGGACAUAGUAGUCUCCUUAGGGUCGUCACGCAACACCCACACUGGGGAGGAGCGUUGCGUGACGACACUAAAAACGGCUGCGAAGGUAGGCAUAGUAAAGUUCGUGAAAUACUCGAGCGCGCGCGAAAAUUCGCCACACUUCCCUCCGCCCGCCACCUUCCAAGCAAGUGGCAAUUUUCACUCGCGCUUGGAUGUCUCGUUCGCUCAACUAUCCCUGAGGCAAAAUAGAGAUUACUCUUGGCUAUUGGAAGUGGAAGGGUCCUUGAGUCGUCACAAAAUGAGGUCCAUUGUAUUUGCUGCAACUUUCCUAUUGAUUGUUUUAAAUCUAUUCUGUUUAUUUUGUAGUGUAAAGUCCAGAAUGCUUGUGAAGUUCUGCCUUCAAAACUGUCACCCGUGAGUAUUAAGAUACUAACAUUCUUUAAAUACAAGCUUUUCUCCCUGAAGUUUCUCAUAGCCGUGUUUUUGAAGCUUCGGUGUAGUACCCUUAGUAUAUACACAAUAGAAUGAACAGUGUCCUGCUGGCUGGACAGACCCGGAUCGCCAACCGUUCUUAUUUUUUACGUUUGAUAAACCUCUGUUGCUGCUUUUUUUGUAUUUUAGGUACUCUCCAAACUUAUGCACGACUCACGCAGUCCCCCUGAGCCCACACUGAUCCCGUCCAGAGGUUUUCUGACACCCCCUGGUGGUCAGCUAGUGCAGACAUUAGUGGGCCACUCACAAAGUGCAGUGUAUGGACUGGCAGCCUCAAGCGAUGGAAAAUACGCUGUUACAGGUGAUGCCGAUUUUUUUCAAUACGUAUUAUUUUUAGGCAAGCCUUAAGCUACGUGUAAACGGACGCAACGUUGUUGGCCAACAACUCCCAACAUCGUUGGAUGUUACAUGUUGUGUCCUUUUGCACACCCUGUCGCAUAUUUCUGCGUGUUGUGGUUGGGAGUUGUUGCGGAAAGUUUGAAAUCGGUCAAACUUUUAGCCCGGUGCAAGCGGAGGCAACAUUGUUAGCCAAGAACUGCCGACAAUGUUGGGAGUUGUUGGGUCCGUUUGCACGUAGUUUAAGUAAAGGCAGAGAUUGUGACGAAACCGGGGGUGUAAGGAGUGUUGAAAAACUGUAGGCUACCUGUGUUUUCUAGCUACUUGGUUUGCCUGUGUAGUGUGCGGUCACCUGUAAGCAACAGAAAGCGUAAUACGCAACCAUGACAACGACGUCGGAAAUGUUACUUAACAAGUGAAUAAACUUUAUCGCGAUUAUUCCAUUUGUUUAAUUUUUCAAAUGUGGUCUAAUUUUCUAGCCGCGGUUGAUAAAUCACUGUCCAGCGGAUAAGUAUUAGGGAAGCCAAUUUCGCUAUUCUCUGGAUAGAUUUUUAUCCGUGGAUAGCCCUAUCCAACGUUUGAACAACCGGGGUCUGGAUCGGAGUUGGAUUCUUACUUUACGUAUCUCUAUGUUCAGACUAAGGAACUGAGAAAAUCGUCGUCUUGUGUUACGUUUACAACGUCGCAAAGGAAAGUACCAUAAAGUGUGAUAAACUUACAGUGUUGUUGUUUUGCUUAUAAAACCCCUUUGCUUUUUUAACGCUCUCGUUGCCGUUGCCGUUGUCGUUAGGAAGCUCACGAAACCACGACUGUGACGGCAACGAGAGGGCGUCAAAAAGCAAUAAGAGACACCACGGUUUACAAACGUUGUUUUUGUUAUUCAAAUGUUUAACGAGUGAAACAAAAGAAUCUUCGGUGACAUGAACCAAUCCGGUUCUGGUUGGCACAUUAAAGUCAGCGUGAGUAUCGCUAGAAAAAUAACCUGAGAAAACAACUUACACUUCGCGACGCUAAAUCUGGUUUCUCCGCGAAAUGACGUCAGAAGAACGACUGAAAUUCCAUACUGAUGAGCUGGUACAACUCAGAUCUGGGUAGUGUUUCUGAUUGUUUAAACCAAAUUUUUAACCAAUCAGAAGCACUACCCAAAUCUGGGUAGUGUCGCGUCAUCAGCAUGGAAUUUGCACUCCCCUAAAAGAAACCAGCUUUUGGUGAUCUAGGCUAGCUUGGAUAAAUAAAGUUUACCUCUCUCUCUCUCUCAAAAUUUUCUCAGGCUAUUUUGCACGUGCAUCAUGCAUUAUGGUGCAUUUUACUGGCGUCAUCUCCAAAUACGACCAUUUGUAGUGGUCAUUAAUACACAAUGUUUAGGUCAUGUAUUUAUUGUUAGUGUUGUUGUGUAUCGCAGGCUCGCAAGACGGUGUCGUCAAAGUAUGGGACAUCAAAGAUGGCUCAUUACUCUUGACCGUGCAAGAGGCUGGGGAGGAGAUUGGUUUUCUCACGUGCUGUUGUGAUGACGAGUUCAUUGUGGCUUCGUCAAAGGGUGGAAUAAGGGUGAUAUCUUUUGAAACUGGUGAAGUAUUGCACAGGUGAAUAUUUAACAGUUAUUAAAUGAGGCUGAGUAUGAUAUUAGUGCCGAAUCAUGGCAUGUCGAGGAGGGUUUUACCGUAAACUUCCUCGUAUGCGCCCUGGGCUAAUACAACUUAGUAAGGGGUUUUAGGAGAGCCUAUAACACGACUAAAAAACGUUUCAAAACAAGCUACAUAGCAGUGCUGAUCAAACUCCCUUUUGGAUUUACUCGCUUUUUUAUGCUUCAUAACGUCGUAAAAAUCGAAUUUAUUUCACAACACGCUCGGGGGGGGGGGGGGGGGGGGGUUUACGCCGGGGGGUUUUUUUUUUUUUUUUUUUUUUAAGAUAAAGGGCAUUCUUCGGGGGGGGGGGGGGUGGGGGGCGCUUUUGGUAGAUGGUUUAUGGCAAAAAAAAAGCACGGUUUUAUUUAUGAGUGUAAAAACAGAGAUAAACUCCCUCAAACCAUGAUUAAACACCAAAAAGCUAAUGCUGAAUUUUCUGGUAUUUAAAACUAUCUUAGAAACAUUAAAUGAUAUAACUCGAAAAAUGAAAUUUUUUAAGAUAAUUUUUGUUUUUUUUUUUUUGCGGAUUUUUGUUCCGAAGUUUUUUUUUUUUUUUUUUUUGACAAGUAGAUAGGCCUAUAACUGGGUGGAGGGUGGUAGGGGCCCUAUUAGUCCAGCUGUUAUCGACCAAAAAAAGCUCGAAUUGUUCAAAUUGGUGAUACAAGCAUGAAACUUUCACAGAUUGUUAAGGGCCCUAUAUAAGCGGACGUUUACGGUAUGUGGCUCAUAACCUCAGAGAUCUGCAUAAUUUUUCAUAUCAUACGAAAGCCGUUCUCAAUAAUUGCUUUAUAAUUCAUUUAAAAUAUUUGUUAGCUUUUAACAUCCUUUCUCCGUUUUCUUCCUUCUUUUUUCUUUUUACAGGGUAGAGGCAAAGUAUUUCAAGAGGUGUCCUCCAAUAACACCAGCUGGCGAAAAAGGGUCGAAACUGGUCUUUUUCAAAGAGAAAAGUUUGAACGUAUGCUCAACUUCUUCUGGAAAACCGUUGCAUAGUUUCUCUAGCAUCAAACCUGUUGGUAAUGCGGGACAAAACAGUCUGCUAUCUUCUUGGGGCGACGUUGUUCUCUGCAAUUCAAGCGAGGAUGAGAAUUCCUUAAAAGUUCUCGACACUAAAGACUUCAAAGUACUCCAUUCUUUCAGGGUUUUUGAAGAGAAAGACGAAGAGGAGUUUCUCCAUCUUACGCAGAUAAUUAUGAAAUCUGAGAACGAAGUCCUGGUUGCUAAGAAAAUGAAGAUUGGCUUGUACUCGGUUGAUAAAGGCGAAAUAUUACGAACGUACAAGUGUAAAAUUGAUGACUGGAUUCAAAACGCUUCAGUCGACUUGACUUGUAGCACGUUAGUGUUUCCUAAACGCGAUAAAGUCGCGAAACUUGAUCUUGAAACUGGCGAGCGAACAGACGUUCUACCACAUCCAAAUUACGUCUCCAGAUCUUUCGCUGUCGACUGUAAUAUGAUUCUCACUUCCGGUGGUGACAACGUUGUGAGAGUCUGGGACCUAACCCGGGAGGAUGUUCAGCGGCACUUUAACAAACCGGAAGUCUUGACGAAUAUAUAUUCAAUUCCCGGUGAUUCCCGGCACCUGGUAACAGUGGGUCGACUAGGCAUUGACAAUUUUUGUGUAACCAUUUGGGAUCUCACGACAUUGUUGCCCGUGCGAAAAAUCACAGGCAUAACAGCCAGCUAUAUACAGCUUAUCAAUGAUCGAAGAGUCGCUCUUCGCGUUGACGAGCGCGUGGCGAUCGUGGACUUGCUGACUUGGAAAGUUGUAACGGUUCUCAAAGGAAAAAUUCCUGCCUACGAUUUCUUAGGGGUUGAUGAUAUCUGCGUUGUGAAUAACAGAAAAGAAAUCCUUACUUUUGCGUACGAUCGCAAGAGUUUGAUUUUGUACAACAUCGAAACAGGUGAUCAAGUUGCGGUUUUGAAGACGAGCAGAAGUGAGCUUGAAAUCCCCCAUUUUUUCGUCAACCCUGAAGGAACAGUAGCUGUUUGGGACGUAGACAGUCUCAGCCACCAGCUGUCUGUUUGGAACCUGGAGACGAGAGAAGAGAUUUUUGUUAUCGACAGGGAGGGGUCUGAGAAGCAUACGGAAUUCACUCCUGAUGGUCGCUACUUCAUGUUCAGUGCCCGCAAGAAAAGCGAUUAUAUCGUUCGCACAGCUGUCUGGGAUAUACAAGCUAGUAAGUAUACAACAAUUAGAAAAAGCCCGGCGGGUUAGGCUUAAGGGCGCUUUCCGUUUCUCAGAACUGCUACAUUGCCGGGCCAGUCAGUUAGCAAAUGAAAUCAGCUUUUUCCGAAGGGUUUUUGCUGAAAAACCAUCUCCUUCGUGCAUACUUGUGGAACUUGUGGUAUAUAAGCUUUAUUAGUGUAAAUGCCGCUGUGAAAAGUUACAUCGAAAUCAGAAAGAUCUGUUUUAGCCCUAAAAAUGGGGCGGUUUCGGUGAGUAAAAUACAGUCCUAUUUUUGAUUCUAAUUUGGCUGUUUUAGUCAGGGCCAAUACAGUCCAACUACUUAGGGCUGAAAUUGGUCCCAGCGAGGGCUGGAAUGGCCUUUUGAUUGAGCUGUUUUUUUGCCUAAAUUGUGCUCAAAUGGCUCCAAGAGGGGCUGAAUCUGAUUUUGAGCUGCAGGUCUGGAUUGGCCCUUUAGGGCUGAAACAGAUCUUUUUAAUUUUCAGUGUAAGGUUUUGUGGCGGUUUAGUCUGGGAUGGUUUUAAGAAACCAGAAAGCACAGAUCUAGAAAGGGCAUCAUUUAUUACUGAAAGUAAGUAUUAGGGCAUAGUGACAAGGGAGUCAUAUCGUAUUUGAAGCCAGAUCUGUAGAUAUCUGGCUAUGAUCUGUGGCAUUCAAAGAAGAUAUUUUUUUGUUUUCUAACUGGAUAUCACUAAAUCUGUUAACAUUUCAGGGAAGCACGCGCAUGAUUUGCGGUACCCGCAUGAUACAGACACCAUUUCUCUAGCGGUAAUGGAUAACUCUAGAGUGGUAACAGCUCAUAAGGACUUGAAAAUCAUAUGCUGGAACAUCGAACAAGGUAUUCAGCAAUCCACUACUACUCAGUUCAGCACAGGGAGACUUAGGCUAUUUUCACACUUUUGCGCCAUCCUACCACUAGAGCCUUUCUUUGUUGGCGUUUAUGUUGGCGUACUCCAGAAAGUAUCGAGUAACUAGAGAUCUUUGUUGAACGUGCGCGGCAUGUUCCUAGGAAACAGUUUCGAACCCAGGCGUAAUAGCCGUGUGCUUGCUACAGUGGGCUCGGUUAUGACCAUCGGUUUAUUUGUAAACGGAUGCUCGCCCUCGAAAAAACCUGUUUGACAAGAGAAAACAGGAUUGACUAGUCCGGGAGUUUGGCCUGCGGCGAUCUCAAAGGUUUGACGUGAUUCAGGCAGAGUCUUCUUUUCUCCUCUUCAAGAGAAGGCUAUGCUCGCAUAGUGCUUUUGCGCCCACAUUGAAACCAUAGCGGAUAGGGGUUCUGUUUACGCAUAAGAACAGUGAUUUCGGCGCGAUUUCUGUAACGGAGCGAAGUCGCGCCGAACUCGAAAGUGGAGCGUCACAUAUCGGAUGGAUUCUGAGCCACAGUUUGGUGCAGUGUGACCAGGUAUCGAACCGUUGCGGGAGUGAACAGGUAGGAGCGAGGACUGGAAUCCGCUUAGACGGAAGUUAAAAAUUCAGGAGUGAGUACUGGGGUUUUAGUUCACCAAACCCUGUCGUCCAACCGCUCCGGCACGAUGUUCGAUGUGUGUGAACGACAAGUUCCAGUUCUGUACCGUUGUUGUCCAUAAUAUACCGGAUAGGUUUUCAUAUCGGCACUAAAAGCUUUCUGGUAGAGUGUAAACAUAGCCGGAUUAUUUGUUCCACAAAAAACUUUUCGUCAAUCACUUGUGUGAGCUUAUUCAAGCAUUGAUAUAUGUUUUUGUUCAAUUUCAUCAUUGGUAUAAACUUUAUUUUCUUUGCUUUGGAGUAUGAUAAUGAUUAUGGGCUGGAACUUAAAACCCGGAGCAAGCAACUGCCAUAGUAGAUCUCUGUCACGGCGUUUUCACGGAUAGCUAAUUUUUGGAUAAAUUUAGAGCACUUUUUCCUGUAAAAUGGAAGUUCAACUCCGUCUGUGAGCGCAUUCAGAGUAUAAGAUAUGAAAAAGUGAAAAUAAACGUCAUUAAAAGGGCAAGAAUACCAUUUUCAGGUCAUAGCUUUUGCUGAAUGGUUUGCAGCACUCAAAAGAUCUUCUCAAUUCGCGCCAAAACCGUUCUAAAAAUAACCUGAUCAGUGAAAACGCCGUGACACGGGUACAUGGAAUUUGCUCUCUUCAGGUUAUGGGCUCUUGCCCGGGGAUUCUUUUUCCUUCUUCCUUCAAUUACUUCUUCUCUGAGAAACCCUUUGUGUUAUUGAUUUUCCCUACUUCUUUGUCCUUUCGUUUAGGAACCGUGAUUCACACUCUUCUCAGCAGUCAUUUAAGCAAUCUACGAAUUGAUGUCGUCGCUUCCGAAGGGGAUUUUGUUGUAACCUUUGAGGAGAAGACACUGAUCCUAUGGGACAUGAAUGCGGGCGUGCAGAAAGCCACUUUUAACGCAGAUAAGGUAGGGACCUCUUUCCAGCGCAGGGGCCUCUUGUUGUGUCCGAGGGAGGUUGGGGAGAGGGAAAACUGAAAGCGCGCGGGGGUCGAUGGGAAGAGCAAAGAGAGGAAGUUCUCUCUUCCCAUCGUCCACAGCGUGGUUGCUGUUUUUUUUUUCUUUUAAAUUAUUGCUAUUUUUAAUGUAAUUCCCAGCGGGAGCCUAUGCAGAGGAGAGGUGUUAGCAAUCACUUUGGUGACUCGCAUAGAGUCACUGGUUACCAAGUGAAAUUCAUUUAUCUAUUUAUUUAUUUUUGAUAUGCUUAAUUAACCACAUAAAUCUUAAAAUACAAGUGAGAAAGAAAAUAAUAAUAAUGAUAAUAAUAAUAAUAAUAAUAAUAAUAAUAAUAAAACAACUUACUUCCAACUCAACUAAGUAACAAAACAAAUUGUGACAAUAGGGCCAUUUAUACGAGGAAAAAUAAGACGCGUCUUAAAUAAGACGCGAACUUUCCGUAUAAACGGCACAUUUCAUCUAAAAUAAGACGCGGCUUAGUUAAGACGCGACUUAUUAGAUAAGACAUGCUCGUAUAAAUGGUACAGUUCGCGUCUUAUUUAAGACGCGUCUUAUGUAAGACGCGUCUUAUUUUUCCUCGUAUAGAUGGCCCUAAUGACUGAUGUCGAAAGGAAUACAAAAAAAACCAAUUAUUACAACAGUUCCUACAAAUCACUAAGUUAACACUGAAUAACAAUUUAUCACAUCUAAGUCUCACUUAAACUAAGCAAUUAUGACGAAAUAAUAGGAAUUACAAUGCAAUGAGAGGGAAAAAAACCUAUGUCAAACAAAAUUCUUAGGAGAUAUAAACCAUUUCCUUUUAAUUUAACCUUUACGUGGGGAAACUUAACAUCUACAUUUACACUAAAUACACUGCAAAAUGCUGUGCGACAUUCUUUUUUGGAAGCUUGACAAAAGUGCUUUCAUGAGGUGAUUCUCCCACGAUGUCAAAUUUAAUUUUGUACCCUGGCACUAGUGCUCGAACAACAAGUGCAAAUAGCCCCUGUAGGCUAUGUCCACAUUUGGUGCCCAAUUACGAAUGUAAAUACACCCUCAGUUAAUUUGACUGUAGCUUAUGUAAUCCCGCAGUUCUGGGCUUGAAGAACAGUUUGUACGGCUCAGGGGUGUUCUAGCUGUUUAAGAAGGGGUUUUCCUACCAGACCCCAGAUGGUAAAUAGGUGGAUAUCUAGCGUUAUCCGCCGGAUAAUAGGGAGUCUAAGCAGCGACGUUAUUGAGCGACGCACGUGAACCGGAAGUGGACUUUUGAACCAAUUUUUGGGCAAAUCGUUUCUAUAAGGUAGCGUCAAGACUUCAGUGUUAAAAGAGGAAAAGGCUCACUUCCGGCUGACGUGCGUCGCUCAAAAACGUCGCUGCGUAAGCCGAUAAAGCAAUUGAUAUCUCUAAGCCCUGGGCGCUUGUUUAAUUUUUGGACCUUGAAGGAGGGCGCUUAUUCGAGGCGGGCGCUUUUUCGAGCCUGGCCGCUUAUUAACUUUUCCGGCCUGUAGGGUGGACGCUUAUCCGAGGUUGGGCGCUUAAUCGAAUAAAUACUAUGCUUAUCAGCUGGAUGGUGAUUUAUCCGGUGGACAACCUGAGAUCAGGCUCUAUUUUCGUUUCGCUUUCAAAAUAACAUUCCGGCGGGCAAGGCGAAACGAAAAUAGAGCCCAAUUUUAGCGGUAGCCGUUUGAGAGAAUGUAUGAGAACCGCUAAACUUGGGCCUGAUCUCAGGUUAUCCGGUGGAUAGCGCUAUCAAACGUUUCAACAACAGGGACCAGAUGUUUUCAGAAUAGAUUGCAGUAAGGGGAAAAAUUUCCAUUUACGUUUUCUGAUAUUUUCCUGAUCUAAUGAAGUCAAAAGCAUGAAUAACUGCGUAAAAUUGGUUUCGAGCUGGUUCGAGAUAGCAAUAAACGCACGGCGAGUGUCGAAAAGGAACUCUCACAAGUAGCCAUUUUUUUUUUACUGUGGUACUUUGAACGGAAAUUGAUUGUGCUGCAAAAUUAAAUCUUGAUGUGUCUAAAAAAAAUAAUAGGAAAAAAUCUAUCAAAGCCAUUCCAACUAAUUGACAAAGUAACUUCUCCAAACCUAAUUUAUUAUCAGUAAAGAAGGUCCAGUCAAAACAGUCUUGAUUGAAAUAAAAGCAACUCCCCUUUGUGCUUUAGUUAUGUUGUUUUUGUCGGCAAUUUUGUCCUUCGCUGCCAGUUUGUUCCCCCUUAGUUAUCGAAAGCGAUUGAAAAUGAUCCAGAGUCAAUCCAAUGUCAAGCCACACAAUCGAGCCGUAGCCGUUUCAUACUCUUCAGUUACCUGUGCAUUUUAAAGUUUUUCAUCGAAUUUCCCCGGACAGGUGUAUUUGUUAGCUUGUUUCUCCAAAAAUAGACCUAUUGUCUCGUUUACGCAGCCUUGCAUUAAAUCUCAUGAGUAUAAACCCCAGCUAUCUUACCGAAUAGUUAAAAAAACGGACCAUCGCGGCGCGCUCGAGGUUGUUACGAGCAUUCGAGGAAAAAAAUGUCGAAAAUAGACAUUUUAAGCAAUUAUUUUAAGGCCAUGAUAUUGUAGGUUAUUGUCGGCAGUUAGUUUUUAAAUAAUUAAAACACGGCAUCAUUAG